CAGUGGUGCGUCGUGCGGCCCCCGUCCGCAGCAAAAGGCCAUUUUGAUUAGUAACAUGGCGUCAGGCGAGAUUAAUAUGGCGUCCUCGGACAUAAUAACCGAAGUUGAAAUACAACCGGACAUCCAAGAGGUAGAAAUUGAAACGAUACCAGUUGAAAUACCGUGCGAAACUGUUGAAACAACAAUUGAGGGUGAUGAUGGUCAGCCAAUAAUAUCUCUUCAACCACUCCCCGAGCCAGGACGUGAGGAAAUCAUACUACAGACGCAAGAGGAAAUUGUCGGUGGUGAUCCCCUCAGCGUUUACGAUCAAAUACCUGUGCCAGACAACGAUAUUUAUGUUGAAUCGAGUCCAGGACCAUCGCGAAAGGCAACAAAAAAAGCGAGAAAAGGGGGUAAUUCGAGAUUUCGAGGACCUGAUCAUACGAUAUUUGGAGAAAUGGGAACUGAAACCAAAACGAGAAAGUGGGAACAGAAGCAAGUGCAGAUCAAGACACUCGAGGGUGAAUUUUCGGUGACAAUGUGGGCAUCUGGAACUGAUGACGGGAGUGUCCUAUUAGCGUCUCACCUGGUGGAUGUUCCAGAUGAGGGCUCAAAUCCUGAGCCUGAUCCAGAUUACACCGAGUACAUGACAGGAAAGUCAUCGACAAAAUUCAAUCACUCCGGGAGCUCUGUGUCAGAUGGUAUGCCAGGUCUUGAUUUAUCAGAUCCAAAACAAUUGGCUGAAUUUGCCCGACCUGGUCAUAAAAUGAAAGUACGCAAACCACCGGCUUUGGAUGGUGUUGAACGUACUAUUGCCUGCCCCCACAAAGGCUGUACCAAGAUGUUUCGUGAUAAUAGUGCAAUGAGAAAACACUUGCAUACACAUGGUCCCAGGGUCCAUGUGUGCGCCGAGUGUGGUAAAGCUUUUGUGGAGAGUUCAAAACUUAAGAGGCAUCAGCUCGUUCACACGGGAGAAAAACCAUUCCAGUGUACAUUCGAGGGAUGCGGCAAGAGGUUUAGCCUGGAUUUUAAUUUGAGGACUCACGUCAGGAUUCACACGGGGGAUAGGCCCUAUGUCUGUCCCUUCGACGGCUGCAGCAAGAAAUUCGCACAGUCUACCAAUCUUAAAUCACACAUAUUGACACAUGCAAAAGCAAAAUCGAGAAAUUCCAUUGGAAGGCAAGUAGCACAAAUUCAGCUCCAACAGCCCCAAUUCGUUCAAGUUGAAGUGGCAGACGUCGACAACCAGCAGUUCAUCGUCUACGCAGAUUAGCCCCCCUAAAUCCGCCCUCCCCUAUUACCGUUCUUUUCAUCCCUUGACGAAAUCUAAUUAUUCUCAUAAUAUCGUAAUCAUUUACGUGAGUAAUCCCAGAACUGUGUACAUAUUUACAAAAGAGAGACGAAAAAGAGAGAAAACGAUGGAAAAAAAGGAUUUGUGGCGCUUAUAGAGAAGAAUUAAAAGAUAAUUUUCACAAUUUAAACUGUCAAAUGAUUUAUCAGCUCCGUGUUUUUUAUGAUAAAAAAUAUAGUACAGUGAUGAUUGAAAUUAACUGAACACCAGGGAGCACAACACGACUGCGAGGUUAAUGAAUUUAGAGUGAAGAAGAAUAACUGAACAAGUGAUCUAAACGAGUAGUUGUACUUGUUUUUGGGGGAAAAUAUGCGAGAUAGACUGAUGGCGCACUGCUCAAUUUAAUGUCAGAUGAGAAAUGAUUAACGAAUAAAUGAUUACAUUUCCAACAAUGUAGUGCGUGCUCGUCGAAAUACAUGACUGUAUAUAUUUAUAAGUGAAAGUUAAAUAUUGUAUACAGUAUAUUUUGGAAGAUAAUGAUUAUUCAGAAUAAAAUCAUGAAAGAAUUUUUUCUCUGCGAGGAAUAAAUGGUAAAACAAUACAACAAUUGUCGAAUGUUUGAUUUUUCUACUGGAACAUUUUUUCAUUUGUUUCGGGAAUAAAUCGACGAGUUGAAAUCAUAAAUUUUAUUGGGCGAAUCAUUCGCGAUUCUGCAGCUUCUUAAUGCGUUUGUGAUCUUCUCGGUUUUUAUUUCAAUUUUCUCGGGGACUGGGAUGGGGCUGUAUUUUUCCCGAAAAUUUCAUUUUUCAUAUGAUAUACUAAGUAUUUUGUCGUUCCCUAAGAAUUUGUACUAAUUUUAUGUUAUUCGAUGAUAAAUUAAAUAAUACUGUAUAAUUAAAGUUUAUUAGUUUAUGGAAAAUGUUGCCUACAAAAUGGAGUUUUAAUUAAUUUCAUGAAGAGAAUAAAAUUUUUUUAAGCUCAAAAUCUCAAUUCCCUGAAUUUCGAUUCAAUAUGAUUAAGUUCUACCUUGAAUUUAUUUCGAAUAUAUUUUUUAAGUCUUGUUAUGUUUUACGAAGAAAAUUCAGGUAGAGAUUAUUCAAAAUGACAUUUCAGCUUUUGGCAUUUGUCACAGAAGAAAAAUUCUAGAAGAAAUUGUUAAAAAUUUUCAUGCAAAUGUUUUGAGGAAUUAGUUUUAAUUUUAAAAACUAUUAUGAUCUAAUCAUUUAUCAACACAUUUUGGUUCGCGAAAUUUAAGACAAAUCGAGGAGAAAUACAGCCCCGAGGGUUCCCAGGAUGUGUCAGUGGAUGGAAAUUAUUGAUAAUUGAGCAGUAAAGAGGGAAGAAAAAUGUGCAAAAGUCGUGUUUUUAUUACGGGUCUCUGAUAAGGUCGAGUGUUAGCAAUACGAUGAUUCAACAUGUAGCCUUAAUAAUGAACUUUAUUGAGUUUGUUGAUAACAAUACGAGGAUUUAAUCGGAGAGCAAACGCAAAAUUUGAGAGAGAAAAAUAAUGAGCUUUGACAUCCGAUAAUUCCAUUGGCCUAUUAUAUUAAUAGCGGAUAUGUAUAAGAGACUAGGAAAAUUGGAGUAACUGUACACCUCGACGUUACAAAUAUUACCUUGGAGUUAAAAUACAUCAUUAACGUUUUUCCUUUGCA